AUGGUGAAGUUAAUCACCAGACUAGAAUUGGCCCAUGACGACAGGAAGCUAAUUGAUCUUAUCGCGAAUGAAGACUGGAAGCAACUUCGAACCGCAUUGAAGGAACAAAAAGACGAAUUGACACAGAUUGACAAGCGUCGUGGUUGGACCGUCCUCCAUUACAUGUGUGCCAUUCCAUCUAUUCCGGACGAUAUAUUUGCUACAGCUGUGCGAUUGUAUCCCAUAGCAACCUCCGUGCAAGGUACCUCGCCGUACUGCCAUCUACCUCUUCACGUGUUUUGCGGAGCCCAAGACCAUUCGUUUUGCAAGGUGCAGGUGCUACUAGAGCACAUGAGACCUGACGACCUCUUAGUUACGUCAUACACGAGAGGUUCCUUGUUGCAUCAUGCAUAUCGAAAGCAGGUACGGCUAUCGAUCUUGCAGGAACUCAUUCGGGCCAAUCCAAAGAUUGUUCUCUUGCGCCAUCACUUCCAACUUACCCCUCUUCAUGCAGAGCAGUACGGCUUAUUGCAAGUGAGAUACCUUCUAAGAGGAAUCAAAGUUGACGAAAGACGAUUCCAAGAAUAUUGGGCCAAGGUAGUCCUCAUUGCGACCGCUGCCUUUAAGCUGUCUACAAAUUAUGAUCCAGCUAGUAGUAUUGAAGGCAAUAUUGAAGAUUACACACUGCAUGGUCUUCAAUUCCUCCAUGCCCCGCAUUCAAUACAGCAUGCAGCUACAAUAUUACAUCCCAAAUGGGCCUCGAUACCAGACAGCCAAGGAAACUAUCCACUACACAAUGCCAUCCUCGACAUACCCCCAAAAAACAUCUUCUUGCCACCAUUUGUCAAGGAAAUCCUUGAGGCUUUUCCUGAAGCAGUAAUGAAACGAAACACUGAAGGCGAAUCGCCAAUAUUUGUUGCAAUGAGAAAAGGUAUGACCUGGGAAAAGGGCAUAAAGGACAUUGUCCGAACUCAUCCGGAAAGCCUUUACUCUACAGACCACCAGACUGGCUUGUUUCCGUUUCUGCUCGCAGCUUCUUUGAACCAAGAAGCUAACAUGGAAACCUCGUAUCAAUUGCUUUGUUCGAAUCCUAGUUUACUCAAAACGUAG